CUUCAUUUGCUUUACGGGCCAGGUAGCCGUUGCAGGCAGGGUCAGUGCCACUUGGGCCCAGCCAAGGUCACCGAGGAGUGACAAUUUCAGGGCGAGCCCUGGGUCCUGACAGACUCUUGGAAUCUUGACUCUGCUCUGCGUGCGCCACCUGUUAGAGCAAGAUAGUGUUGCCUCUGGGGUGGUACCGAAACCAGCUCCUGCAAGGAGUGGAAGAGAUUUCUCUUUUGAAUAGUGAGGAAAAGACUCCUUAGGCUUCGCUUUUUUCAUCCGUGAAGUGGGGGGAGAAGCGAGUUAAGCUUGAUCAAGAUGACAACUUCCCAAAAGCACCGAGAUUUCGUGGCAGAGCCCAUGGGGGAAAAGCCAGUGGGAAGCCUGGCCGGGAUUGGUGACGUACUGGGCAAGAAGCUGGAGGAAAGGGGCUUUGACAAGGCCUAUGUGGUCCUUGGCCAGUUUCUGGUGCUCAAGAAAGAUGAAGACCUCUUCCGGGAAUGGCUGAAGGACACGUGUGGCGCUAAUGCCAAGCAGUCGCGGGACUGCUUCGGAUGCCUCCGGGAGUGGUGCGAUGCCUUCUUGUGAUGCCCUCCGGGGAGCCCCCGACCCCGAGCCCCAGCAUUGAGUCUCCAGAGUUUGCAGCCAAGCCAGGACUCCUCCCCCAUCCUCUACAAAGGAAAAGAUUGCUGUUGUGUGCACUUCCAAUGUACACCAGCGUCUUUUGGGAGUUCUCUCCCCUCACCAUGUCACCUUUUUUGGAAUUCUCACACUUGCAUGCAUCUCCCUUCUCCUUUCCUUGCCACUUUCAUGUCAGCAAUUACCAGCUUUUCCGAGUGAAUUCCUGGUCCUGGCCCUUACCCCUCCCUUCACUUCUGAUCUGUUUUAUGCCGUGUCUGGCCCUCUUUUUGGCAGAACAGUUCCUGCCCUUGUAAAGUUUUCUAAAUCAAUAAAGUCAGUGGCCUUCA